AGACUUCGGAGGUGGGCUGUGUGCACGUAACUGGAAUGCUUCCCCCCUCACUCCUUCUCAGUGAGGGAGAAGUGAUUUGACAUAGCGAGAGCUCAUACAAUAGCUGCUGCUGCUGUUGCUGCUGCUUCUUUUUGUCUGUGGAAUCUGAAACUGAGGGUUUUAUAACCAUUACUGGAAUUAUUGCUAUUGUGCAGUUAUAAAUGGAAUUUCUUUAUAGAUAUAUAUUUUCUACUUCAUCCUACUGGUAAGUAAUUCCUUCUAAUUUGCACUCAAGUUUGAUUUUUCCCACCCAGGCAUUAUAAAAUUCAGCAUAGCAGGAGGAGUUGGAAGGGAGAUUGAAGAAAACUGCUUUUAAACUACAAUGUUAAGCAAAAGUAGGACUUGCAACUGUAUACAAUUCAAGGUUUUUUACAGGGUGGGGUGAGGGGGGCUACGUGUCUGAUGGUUGGAAACAAUUGUUCAGUCUAGCUCUUUACAAGCGUUCCAAUCUAAAUCAUCAAAUGGAAGACUUUACAAAUGUGUUUUAACUAAGUGGUACAGAGCACACCAAAAUUCAAGCUGCAUGUUUUCCAAUGUGGCCAAUGCUGUAUAUGUGGCAUGUUCUCUCAAUACUAGUUUCACAGCUAUGGAAAGAGAUAAUCAAAAAUUCAUCACAGAAAAUGAGUGCUCUGUCCAGGAGCAAAUGUCUUCGUCUGCUUGGAGGAAUUUUAAAAACUUUGGGAAAGGGUAAACAGCUACACCUAGGUUUUAAAGCCUGCAUUACUGUUUCCCAAAUCCGUAAUGCUAAAGCCAUAUAUUGCUUGAUACAAUUUAGCACGUAAGCCCACCACUCACACUCACCGUAUGAUAUUCUUUCCUUAAUGUAUUGCAAAAGCCAUUGCCUGAUCAAAUACAGUAUGUGACGUGCAUAAUAAGCCAAUAAAUCUAGUCAGACAAAUUAACAGACCUAAGCUUUUGAACAGAGGCUCAUGCAAACAGUGGGACAGAAAUUGCCAUAUUGAAUUUUUAAAAGAAUCAUUUGUGGCUAUAUCAAACAUGAAGUUUUUAGAAUAUCAUAGUCCUCUGAAAAUCUGUUGUCUCCACAUGUUAAGCUCAUGCUGCCUCCAUAUUUUAAGCUUGUCUGCAGCCAUGUAUUUUUUUUAACUACAGCAUAAGUGAAACACUGCAAUUGAUAUUUACAAGGAAACUCUAGGGUAUGCAUGUGAAACAAAAUGGUUUCAAAUAGUUUAAGAAUGCAACAGGCCUGUCUCAAAAAGGAUCAAGGUAAGCAAAACCUAUCAUAGCUGCAUAACCCUAAUUCCUAACAGAAACUGUAAAAUUAUCCAUGUUGGUUGGUUAAGUUAGCAUCCAUAACAUAUCAGCCUAUAUCCCUUUUGAUAUACAAUUAACUAUUAAAAAGUUGUUAAACAAGGCCUAAUGAACAAAAUUAAAUGAGUAUCAUUUUACACUGUGACUGUUGCAUGUGCAUGUAAAUUGCUAUUUUAGUUUAUUUUUCUUCUGCAGUCUUUGCUUGGAUCUGCCCAAGAGCUGUGGUUUACAAAAGUAAUAUGGAAAAUGUAUUAAAAACCAAUAGAAAGCACGGUCCACUUAACAAAGCUUCAUGCUUUGCAUGUAAUUUAUCUUUCUUUUUUCAGUUUCAAAACCUAAAAUUCAGUAAGCAAUUUAAGAAGUGAAUUACAUGAUUUAUUUAAGCUGUAACUUUGAAACUGCAGGAAUCACUACAGUCACAAAGUUGGAGGAAGUAAUGCAAAGACAAUUCACUGUUGUGCACAGAACUAAAUGAAUACUACAAUCAGUGGGCAUUUGCUAGAGAGAGAGAGAGAGAGAGAGAGAGAGGGAGGGAGGGAGGCAGAGAGGGGUAGAGGUAGAGAUUAAUUAUCUACUUUUUUAAAAGAGUUUAUAGAAAGGGACUGCCAUGUAUAAGCUGAAGCCUUACUUACACCAACUUGUUCCUAUAAAAUGUGAAAUCACUGGACAAUUAAAAUUACUUCCACAAUGGGAUCACGCUAGGUAGUGUUGAGGAUGAGGCAUUCACAAGCUAUUAUUUUAUAGUCAAUUACAGUUCUUUCCUAUCAAGUGAAACAAGUUGGGGAAAGUUUAAUUGAAAUUUAGGGUCUGUCAGGCUUUGGAAGAUUAUUAUCACUUGCUCUGUUUCCUAUGGGAGACUAUACUCUCCAAGCAAUAAGAAGUUCAAGCUAUGUUUAUAAUACUACUUCUUAUAUACAGGAAGCUUUUACAAAUUUAUUAUCUGGAUUAAAACUGAAGAGUUUGAGGGAAAGCUACAGUUUGUGCCACUGAAGCCUGGCUGCACUGUAUUUUUAUUGUUAAUGUUUAUUUACCUAUGUCUAGCGAGGUAAAGAAACAUAAUUUAUGACAUUUAAUAUACUAGAUUUAAGUGCACAAGAUUCCUAGGAUUAGAAUUUUAGUCUGACAUCCAAUUCUCUCCCAGUGACUGUUCAAAUUUCCAGAAUUAUUUACCAUUAUAAUUACCUUCCACUCAAAGUUUUUCCCCCAGCUCUAUGUCUUUUCCUUUAAGUAGCUAUGGCCACCUUCCUAGCAUCAAACCGGAUUUACAUUACUGAAGAAAACUUCAAAUGAUAUUAAGUUUUAGAGCUCAUUCUCCUGGGCAAAUGAAUUUAAUAUUAAUAUUGCCAUUAGAAGUAUUGUAAAUGCUUUUUGCACCCCACCCCCUUAGAAUCCUUCAGUGUUCUCUCUCCAGAAGCGUUUGUGAUUAAAACAGAGAAACUGGACAACAGCAUUGGAGGGGAAAGGCAGACAUGCAGCCGCUGAAAAGAGAUUUCUUGCAGUGUGUGCUACCCCCCAGUGGGCAAAAUUUCUACACUAAAGUCACAGAAAUCUGAGCCUUGAGGGGGGAAAAAGAGUCCUGUCUUAAAGGAAAAAAAGUAAUCUUUUUCUAUAUCUGUAUUUAUCUUUAUUUGUAUUUUUGUAAAAAAAAAAUUGUUUUCUGAAUUUGAAAGAGGCAAGAUAGAGUAUGAGUGUGUACUUUCUGUGUUAUUUUUUAAAAGCUAUAUAUAGAUAUAAUGUGUAUUAGGUGCCAACAAUACAUAUUUCUCCUCUGGGUUGAAGGUGCAAAUCCUGACGUUUAUUUCAGUUGAAUCAGGAUGUGAGUUAAUAUUUAUGACACCCCAAUCACAUGGAAAUAUGUUCAACUGAUUUCAGUGGAAUAUGCUUACAUCUAAGUGUGCUUAAGAAUCAUAAGUAAACAGACAAGAAAUACAUUGCAAUGUUAAAAACUGAUGUUAGCAAAACAAGGCAGUAAUUUAUUUUCAAAUACCAGCAUUAGAAUAGUUCAAUAUAAAUCUAGUAGUAUUAAAGUAAAAUACAUCACUUGGAAGUGUAAAAGCAGUUCCUACCCAACAACACAUAAGCUAUCAGAAAGUAAGAAAGACAAAAAAUAUUAAAGUAUGAGGUGUGCUUGAGCUUGAGGUGUGCCAAGAAUUUUUAAGGCCUACUCCAAGUACCACUUUGGUAAAAUAUAUGAAAGCAAAGAUUGGUCCAAAAUUUUUAAACAAGUCAAAGCAAUUGUUCUCUAAUUGUGACUAGGUGAGUUUAGCAGCUUUCUAAAGGUAAGCUACAAGCUACAGCUGGCAAACACUGCAAUCCUAAAUACAGUUACUUGGAGUUAAGUACCAUUAAACUCAGAGGGACUUACUUACUGAGUAAAAAUGCAGAGGCCAACACUGUAAGGCUGCAUACCUAAACCUACUGAUGUGCAAGCAAGCACCACUGAAAUCAGUGGCUCUUCCUGCCAAAUGAGGAUGGCUAGGGCCAGGAUUGCAAAGUGCUAUUUACUGUUCCCUACUGCAAUUUAUGAACAAAUAAGAGUUCAUGCUUAUCGGGAGGGGGUGGGCAGCUCAUUACACUUCUUACAUUUAAAAGUUACGGAUCAUCUAUAUCUUCUCAAUGGGAGUUACUUUUUUUUAAGUUGUAUUUUCAUGGAAUAAGCAUAAUCAUAUUUAUGUUCGCCAGCAAAUAAUGGUGGCCUUCAUAUACACUACAAAAAUGCAAAUUUACUACCAGCUUUAGCAUGGGAAAGGCUAAGAUAAGUGAUCAUACCAACUCACAUUAGUUUCGUUUUACAGAACGUUAAUUUAAAACUUAUGGGGAAACUGUUUACUCCAGUGAUCGUGCUUAAUGUAACGAAUAACACUUGGAAAUGAUUUGCUAUUUCAAUGUGACACAAUUGUUAAAUAUGGUUAUUUCCAUAAGCCAAAGAAAAUGUUGCUAAAAGAAAGUAGAGACUCAGAAGCCCAACUUCUCAACAAAGCUUUACAUUCUUUAGCCAUCACAAGGAUAUUUUAAGCUUCUUCUGCUUGCCUAACUUUAAACAAAAGAUGAGGGUCCCCAUGCUCAUGAAACAGGGUGCUUAGAAAAUAUUUUGCUGUCACUACUAACCAACCCUGAGUAGUACACCUAAGAAAACACGUUGCACACUUCAUUUUCAAUACAACUGAGUCAUGUUUAACCAAAUUAACAUUAUAACAAGCAAAGCUUAUUGAAAAUAUCCCUGCUUUUGAAUGGCUGAUAGAAGUCCAAAGCAAUAAUCUCAACGCACUUGAGCACAUUAUAUAUAGGAGCAGACACUUUCUUCAAUCCACAGAGGGCACUAUGAAAUAAAUCAAAUGGCUAUGCAAAACCAAAAUCGCUGAACAAUCACUUUUGUACAGCAAAGCUGAAUUAAUUCUGGUUGUCACGCUGUUGACAUUUAUAGCCUAAAGAGAUAUAUCUGAAUCUUCAGAACACUGCUGUGGAUAGUUGCUAGAAUGAAAGCAUAGCCUUUCACAUCAGUGUAUCAUAAAUGAAGACACAAAUUCACAUAUUCUAACUACUUUUUUAAAGUUUUAGGAUAGGCAGUUGACCCACAUCGUAGCAUAAAGUACUAAAAUCAGAGUUUUGGUUAUAAAUAGCUUUAUGUUACCUUUAAUAUUUAGAGUAAAAAGGCUCCUUUUGUGCAGUGCUGCCUUUGACACACUAUAGUUUCUCAGGUCUGACUAGCUAAAUGUUUUAAUUACCAACUGAUUGAACAAAUAAAUUGGGUACCACAGGAAUUUAUCACCACAGUUUUUCAAGCAUGGUACUAAUAUAUUGAGAAAUGGUAGAGUUAAAAACUAGUACUGUACAUCUUUCUGUUUUUAAAAAAAUGUUUGUGCACCAGGAUUUCUUCCAUUUUCUUUUUGUUUUGUUCAAAAUUAAUGUUCUCUUUCAAAACCAUGGGCCCAUGAAGCUCACAAUUUGAUGUUGUGAAAACCUGGCCACAGUGUCUCUGAACAGUGGGGGGCAUUUCUCUUUUCAUCCUGCAAACUCAGCUAUAAUGACUUGAUGUCAGGGAAUAUGUAAGGACAGCUCUAGAAAAGAGAAGGCUGAGCAAGGCAGCAGGAUUCCCUUCUGUAGAGACAGAUCAUUGCUGCCUUUAUUAUGCAAACACAUUGUUUUCAGCACUAGCUUGGAAUAUAAAAGCGAAGUGCAAGAUAUCAAAUUAAAUAAAAACUAAAGAAAACUGUUCCCUUCUGGCUGAAAGAAGGGGUAGGGGGGCUGGAAGCUUAAUCCACAUUUUUGAAACAGUCUUUUUUCCCCUCCAAUGAAACUUGCUUUAUUUUAUCCUUUUGUUUUGAUGUAAUUUUGAGAGUAGGGAUUUUAAAAACCCAAGAACUUAAUGAGCUUUAGUGCUUUCAUUUUAAUCCAACAUUGCUGCUAAUACAAUAGGGUCAAUAAGUGAUGGCUUGAAUAUCAAACAGUCCAAAAGGGAAUGCAUUUGAAACAUUUGGUAAGUGAAAUAAAAGUUUUCUAUUCCCAGAAACAAGUACAUUCUUUGCUCUAGGUAAGGUAUCCAAACAUGCUCUACAAGCAAUUUAAGUUUGAUAUCCAUUUCCCAAGAACAAUACUACUUAAAAUCCACUAUCUUUAAUUAAUCACUUAGGUAGUUUAACAUUUAAUUCCUACACACAUUAUAUGUCUUCUGCUAAAUAAAUUAUUCUCUGUUACUUGAAACUACUUUCCUAUUACUCAGUCUUACUAUAAAAAAAACCUAUAGUAAUUCCUCCUUUGCUGGUUAACCAAAGUGGAUUAUGAAGUUCAAAAACAGAUUAUAAACUUUAGAACCUCAUAGUAUCCUCAGUAUUUAGACAGCUGAACAAAUAAGGCUACUUGCUAAUUGAGCGAUGUCUUCCAAGGUAUUUAUCAGGCUUCAGUUGUUGUUUUACAUUUCAUUUCAAGGUAAUGGUGCUAUGCAGUCUUAAGUCUUUUAUCACUAAUCACUUCAGAAAAUUUCAUUUUGUUUCAGUACCGUAUUUUUAAUAUAUUCAUAUCUCUUAAGAACUGAUGAUGAUGACUGUUACAUUCUGAAAUCCAUAGGUAAACACCAAAUAUUUAACCAUGUUACAUAUCACAACAGAAACGCUUUACAUUAAUUUUGAACAAAUGUCGCAUUAUACUUUGACUGGAAUUACACUGUACCAAUAGUCAAUGGUGGCACAGGAAAGACAGUGUUUACACGACUGAGUUGCACAAGGUAGAAAAAGGAAACUGAACGUUUGUACUAUUUCACAUACACUGGAAAUGUGUACAUUACCUAGCAAUAGUCUAACAGAUGUUUUGGUGUGUACUAAUGAGUACUUUAGAAACUCAUUUCUAAUUAGAACUGAUACAAUGUAAAAGGUGAAGCAGAUUUUAGUGUGCAUGGCAAACGUAAGGAUGCACACACAUUUUUAGUCCUGCUGUAUUCAGUGUACUUAUUAACAUAGGAAGCCUUGCUACCCCCUCCUCCCCUCUUAAAGAGAGUUAGGUCAAUGGCCCAUCAUCAUCAUCAUCAUCCUUUUUAUUCGACCGUCAGUCAGAAAAAAGUACAUUUUGUCAAUACACAGUUAAAAACAUCCAGGAAGAUUUUAAAACUUUGCCAACACUAAAAUGGGCUAAACAGAUAGCCCCAUAAGGUCAAUGGCCCAUCUACCUCAGUAUCAUCUAUACUGCGGGUGAGGAACGUGUGAGGAACUACCACUCCAAUAAUCCCUGACCACUGGCCUUGCUGGUUAGGGCUGAUGGGGGAGAAGUUCCUUACCCCAUGGUCUAUUCACUGGCAGUGGGACUGAACUUAGGGUUUUUCACAUAGAAAAUAUAUGCUCAGCUACUGAGCUACGCUACUUGCCCUUCUUAGAAUUGCAGUCAUAUUUGCUGGGUUUAAAUUUCCAGAUGAGAAGGAAAGGUUACCCACAUGCAGACAUAAAAACCAUUUAAAUGACGUUUUACAUUACAACAUAGCAUUCUUCUUGCUUGUGUAGAACAAUCUAGCCUGGCAAUGCAUCAGUCUGCAGGACUGGUCCAAAAGGAUCCUCGUAUUGUCAAAAUAUAGUUAAUACAAUAUUAUAGUUUCAAUUUUCAACCUAACUGUACACUUUAGAAAUGUUCAGCACUGUAAUUAACUACCUCCUCCUGGAGAAUAAAUUCAGAACUACAGUCACUAAGACAGACACCCGAGCAUUAGAAAUUGUUAUUAUACCUUUGCUGAUUUACAUUUUAAACUAUCGGCAACUGUCUUGCUUCCUGAAUGCAGAAGACCAUGAACAGUAGUAUGCAUGCCAUCCACUGCACCUAGGCCUCUAUUUGUAAUCUAAAGAGUCAUGUGUCACAUUUGCAAAGCAGUUUCUCUUUGGUCCGUUGAUCAAAGCUGACUUCCAUUGCUGUUUUGUUGAGACCAAUUUCUUCCAAUGCUGAACUUAGCUGUGUAUCUGAUUCAAGAACUUCAAAUUUUUGCUCUAUUAGUACUCCCAUAAUGAGGCUAUAUUAUUGUAGAAAUGCUAAGUCAAGAAAAGUUUGCACAAGGCAAUUCAUCAUCACUUUUGGAUAACAAUUUGCUUUUUCCUUACUUUUACAGGCACCAACUGAAUGAAAUUUUAGAAAGGAAACCUUGUCACUGGUAUUAGCAUGUUUUGGUUUCCCCAAGAAAAGCCUGUGAAUUAAAACAAAAACCAUCUGAAGUGAGCACCUGGCAUUUUCAGACAGAAUGAGGAAAUAUGCUGAGCUGGAAAUUCGGAUCAAGCACUAAGUGAAUGGUGUAGCCCAGCAGGCAUGGAUUUAUCAGGACACAUCAACAUUCAAAGUUUAUAGUUGGAUGAUUGUGGACAGAAAAAAAGAAGCUAUCAUGAUUCAAGCCUUAACAUCACGAAUUGUUUUGAGCACAUAGAGCUGAAGUUACCAUCUCUAGCCACAACAUUAUGAAAAGAACUUCUAAGCAUUUGAGAAUUUUUUUGUUAAAGAAGUUGUUCACACACACUUGGGGGUAAAAGGAGAGAGAACCCUCUUCCCUCUUCUUCAAAGUCUCAUUCCUGCAGAGUAACAGAAACUGAAGCUUUUAUCUUCAACAGCCUGAUGUGCUUAUUUACCAUGAUGAAACUUUAUUGGAAUGUUCAUUGAACAUAGUGGAGCUCACCAGGAAAGAUAUUAUACUCACAAGCAUCAUUUAAGUAAGUACUGUGAAGGAAAUACAGCUGCGUGAACUAAACUAUAAAUUUCUCCAAGCCAACUUGGUUUCUAGAAAAUCAUAUGCCAACUGGAUUCUAGCAAGCACAAAAGGUUCCCUCGCAUCUUUAAAUAAGGUAGGUUCCAUAACAAAAUAUUAUUUUAGAAAGUGGAACAAUUAAGAUCCACUGGUCACGAAAGUAAACCAUUGCAAUGAUCACAUUCUACAAGUAAAAGAGAACUAAAAGUUAACAACACAGAAGCAAGCACUGCCAAAGAAAUAUUUUUUUAAAUGGGUUAGUGGGUAUGACCAAUUAAUUAAAUAGGCAGUGGCAAAGCUAAGGAAACUAUGCAUCUUUAAAGUCUUGUCAAAUAUCAGGUAUUGAAACAUAGUAUGUUUAAUGAGUUACUCCUCCUAAUUACCACAACCGGUAUUGCUCCAACAGCAAGAGAAGUUUUUCAUUGCACACCAGUUCAUUUUGUUGGAAAACAAAAUAGUUUCAAAAACUUGUUUUGUUUCUUUUUAAUUUUACAGAGCAAUAGGAAAAAAUAAUCCUUAUGAUAUAAAAUAUAGAUAUUCCAUACCUUAUUUUAUUUUAUAUGACUAAGGAAAAUCAUUAGUAUCCUAAGGCUGCAAUCCUAUUCCCACCUACCUGGAAUUUACCUGAGUAUGCAUGGUUAGGAUUUCACCCUAACCCAUGAAGUAAUAUACAAGCAAUAUUGAAAUAACUGAUUAUAUCACAUGUUUCAAGAGGUUUGUGCAAACUUUCAUGUCUCUAGUAUUACUAAGCUGACAAUUCUGUUUAAAAUGAAAAUUUUGUCACUAUGCCAUCUACUUGAGGCAGAAGAGAAAUCUGUUCUAUAUUUAAGCUUCCACUUAGGUUUAACUCCUUUAUUGUACUUCCAAUGAAAUAGUUGAAGACAGGGAACACAUUUCAUCACUGUUCAUUAUUAGUUACCAUGCAGUGUGUCCUGUCUAAUUAUUCACUCAGUUUUCAUACUUCAGAAAAAAACAGUGGUCUAAGGAGAGUUUGAAUACUUAAACAUGAAUUUCAGUAUCAUAAUGUGCUAAAGUAGUGAAUUUAGGUAACAUUGUGCCUGCAUCUUAUGAGUACAAGGCAACUACUCAAAUUCAAACGAUUGUGGGGUGAACUGUGUACAUGCAGAAGGUUACUGAAGUUUCUUUUUUUAAAAAAAAGUUCCUAUGCCAGCACAGCAAGCUAUAAUGUAUAAGCAAGCAAUCCCCAUUUAACACACUAUGACUUAUCUUCAAUUAAACAUACAUAGGACUAUGCUGUUAGAUAUGUUGUUUUCAUUUCAAAGUGAUACUUCACUGUACUCUACUAUUAAUCUGAUUUUUUCUCUCUAGAUUGCUGAAAACCAAACACUAGUCUCUGGGCAAACCUCACUGCAACUUGACCAUGAUCAGUGCAACCUGGAAUUUCAUCCUAAUUUGGACAAAGAUAGGGCUUUUGCUCAAAAUGGCACCUCACUCUGUCAGUGCCAAGUCCUGCCCUUCAGCAUGCCGCUGUGAUGCAGGAUUCAUUUACUGCAAUGAUCGCGACUUAACAUCAAUUCCUACUGGGAUUCCAGAGGACGCUACAACCCUUUACCUUCAGAACAAUCAAAUCAAUAAUGCUGGAAUUCCUUCUGAGCUAAAAACCUUGAUCAAAGUGGAGAGAAUUUAUUUAUACCACAACAGCUUGGAUGAGUUCCCUACCAACCUCCCAAAGUACGUCAAAGAAUUGCAUUUGCAGGAAAAUAACAUAAGGACAAUUACUUAUGAUUCACUUUCACAAAUUCCUUAUCUGGAAGAAUUACAUUUGGAUGAUAACUCUGUUUCUGCAGUUAGUAUUGAAGAUGGAGCAUUCCGGGAUAAUAUCUAUCUUAGACUUCUUUUUCUUUCCCGAAAUCACCUUAGCACCAUUCCCUGGGGCUUGCCUAAAACAAUAGAAGAACUGCGCUUGGAUGAUAAUCGCAUUUCCACAAUUUCGGAGCUGUCCCUUCAAGACCUUACAAAUCUAAAACGUCUAGUUUUAGAUGGAAAUCUCUUAAGCAAUCAUGGAUUAGGCGAGAAAGUCUUUACGAAUCUAGUCAAUUUAACAGAACUCUCAUUGGUCCGUAAUUCCCUUACAGCAGCUCCAAUAAAUUUGCCAGGAACAAAUCUGAGAAAGCUUUAUCUACAAGAAAACCAUAUAAAUCAUGUAUCAGCUAAUGCUUUUGCGUACCUACGACAGUUGUAUCGGCUAGAUAUGUCCAAUAAUAAUCUCAGUAAUUUACCUCAGGGUGUCUUUGAUGACCUGGACAAUAUAACCCAAUUGUUUCUUCGCAACAACCCUUGGCACUGCGGGUGCAAAAUGAAAUGGGUUCGUGACUGGUUGCAAAUGCUGCCUCUCAGAGUUAAUGUACGUGGACUGAUGUGUCAAGCCCCAGAGAAAGUUCGUGGGAUGGCUAUCAAAGACCUCAAUUCAGAGCUAUUUGAUUGCAAAGAUGAGGAUAUUGUAAGCACUAUCCAAAUUACUGCUUCAGUACCAAACACUUUAUACCCUGUGCAAGGACACUGGCCAGUUUCUGUGACCAAAUCACCUGAAAUGAAGACUCCUAAUCCACAUAAAAACUACAGAACAACCGCUACCCCAGUACAGGAAAUCAUUACCAUUGUUGUAAAGGCUGUAAGCACCGAGACUAUUCAUAUUUCUUGGAAAGUUGCACUACCCAUGACUGCUUUAAGACUUAGUUGGCUCAAGAUGGGUCAUAGUCCUGCCUUUGGAUCUAUAACUGAAACCAUUGUUACAGGAGACCGGAAUGACUAUUUGCUUACAGCACUUGAGCCAGACUCACCAUACCGUGUAUGCAUGGUUCCCAUGGAAACCAGUAACAUCUAUCUGUCUGAUGAAACCCCUGUUUGUAUAGAGACUGAAACUGCACCCCUUAAAAUGUACAAUCCUACAACCACCCUAAACCACGAACAAGAAAAAGAACCAUACAAAAAUUCUAGCUUGCCCUUGGCUGCCAUCAUAGGGGGUGCAGUGGCACUAGUAGCUAUAGCUUUGCUGGCUUUAGUCUGCUGGUAUGUCCAUAGGAAUGGGUCCUUGUUCUCGAGAAACUGUACGUACAGCAAAGGACGUAGGAGGAAAGAUGAUUAUGCUGAAGCUGGAACAAAGAAGGACAAUUCUAUCUUAGAAAUCAGGGAGACUUCUUUUCAGAUGAUAUCUCUGAACAAUGAACAAGUGUCCAAGGAGGAAUUUGUAAUACAUACCAUAUUCCCACCUAAUGGGAUGAAUCUAUACAAAAACAACCACAGUGAAAGCAGCAGUAACAGAAGCUACAGAGACAGUGGUAUACCUGAUUCAGAUCACUCACACUCAUGAUACUAAAGGAAAUUAAAGACUUGUGGUGGCUUCUUUUUUCCCUUCUCACAAAGAAUGGCAACUUGAAAAGGUUGCUGGCCUACUGCAGAACACUGGAUUAAAAGACUGAAUAAGCAAUGUAUUGUACAUUUGCCAUAUAAUUUAUAUUUAAGAACUUUUUAUUAAAAGUUUCAAAUUUCAGGUGACUGCUGCGAUUAAUGUAGCAAGGAUGCCUGAAAACAAUUCUAUAUUUUAGUAUUUUUUAGUAAUUUGUACUGUAUUUUCCUUGCUAAUAUUGAAAUUACAGACCAUUUAACUUUUGUGUUCUACUGAGUAAGAUGACUUGUUGACUGUGAAAGUGAAUUUUCUUGCUGUGUUGAACAAUCAGGACUUUGCAUACAUUUGAGAUCCUUGUAAGUAUAAGCACAGGCCAUUUUCACCUUGGUAUUCGUAAAAGGUUAAACCUGGCAAACUGAAAAUGUUCAGAAGUGACUGCGAAAUUGAUCAAAAUACAAACUUGGGUAUAUGAAAUACAUAAAACAACUAAAAACCUAAUGUGAAAAGUAGUGGGCAAUACCAGUUACUUAGCUAUAACCAGAUUUGUAAGUAAAAGGAUACUGCAGCAGAUAGCUGUUGUCUAGGUAGGGCAGAUGAAACAAGAAUAAAGCACAUAUUACUGUUCUAAAUGCAUAAUAGCAGGGUCAGCUCUUAUUUUUAUGAAAAAUAAAAUCUAAGACUACCCUAAACAUAUAAAUGUCCAAACCUAAAUUUAUUCAUCAUUCUAUAAGAGAACGUUUAUAAUUGCUAACUGCAGUUCUUCUAAUGUCAUGAAAGCAUAUACUAUAUAUGCAAUUAAAUGUAUACUAUACAUAUUUCAACUGCCAUUGAGAAUAUUGCCCAUUGCUAUCACAGUUAUCCGAAUAUUAACAAACACACAAGUGAAGAUACUUUGAUCUGGCUUUCUACUUAGUUGUGAUCUAUUUAAUGUUUAAUACCCAAGACAUUUUGUUGCCAUAACUAUUAUUCCCCAAAUGAAAACCAAAGUGCAUUGAACGCCCUUUGGCCAGUCUUGUAUGUGCCUUGAUCGAAAGUUAUAUGUGUUCCGCUUUUAACUGGGAACAAACUUUUCACACACAUACACUUAAUUAUGGAAAGAUAUUGGUCUUAAUGCUGAAUAAAAUAUAAAAUGAAG